AUACACCUGUGGAGACAGGUGAGAGUGGAGAAACAGGAAAUGAAACCUUUCACACAUAAACAAACUGGUUUUGCCAAAAAUCUGCUUAUGGCUAUUACAACUGAAACAUGAGAGAAGAGAGAAAAGUCUGUCGCUAUCCUGACUGAUGUGAUGAACCUAUACCUGCUUCCCGUAGUUCUGUCAUUGGCAGUCUUCCUCUCCGUCGCUCUCUCCCAGGACCUGGUCUCAAUCCAGUUUAAAUCAGAUCCAGUCCUGGUGCAGACUGGCACUGAUGCGGUCUUCACGGUGGUCACAGUGUUCCAGGUGUUUUCCAUCACAUGGGGGUACCCAGGUGGGGUGACCCCCCUGGGGCUGUGGGUGGGGGGCAGUGCGGUGCUCAACACUGUGACCCAGUACCAGGGCAGGGUCACCAUCACAGCCACCCAGCUCCGUAUCAGCAGUGCCCAGCUCAGAGACGCGGGGAACUACACAGUGAUGGUGGACCCCUUGCCCACCACGGGCCUGGCCCAAAACACCAGGUCCAUACAGCUCAGGGUGUUCGAUGCAGUGGAUGGCGUGACUAUGUUUGUGCCGUCUGUGGCUCUGGAGGGGGGCAAUGUGUCUGUGCGCUGUACCUGGACCAAGGGGACAGAGACCAGUGUGCUGUGGGGUAAAGGGGGCUCUGCUCUCACCUCGAACUCCAGGGUCACAAUCAAAGGGGGCGACUUGGUGAUCAACCCGGCCAGGAGGGAAGAUGCUGGGCUCUACUCCUGCACCGUCUCUAACCUCGUCAGCGCUCAGACCGCCUCAAAGACCCUCACAGUUUACUAUGGUCCCGACACCCCCGUGCUGAGCAAGGCUUCCCCGGCAGACUGUGUGGUAGGAGCGGAUGCAGUGGUAGGCCAGACGAUCCGACUCACCUGCGUGUCUGACUCCCUGCCCCCUCCACUUUCUCCUGGAAAUACAACAAUGAACCCGUGGCGUCUGGCCAACUGGACAGUGGCGUGUUCAGCCUCCAGACCUUCUCCACCAACCAGAGCGGCCAAUACAAGUGCGUGGCUAGCAAUGCCAUCACGGGCGCCACGUCGGCGCAGGGGACGGAUCUGGCCAUCGUGGGCACAUGCCUCAGUGCAGGCGCAGUCGCAGGCAUAGUGAUUGGCUGUGUGGUCGCUCUGAUCUUAAUCGUCAUAGCCAUCGUACUCCUGGUGCGCUGGAAGAGAGUUGACCGAAGACUGAAGGAGGCCACAGGACAAAAGAGACACCCAGAACUCAUGCUUACACCCACUGAACCCCCUCCACAUGGUACCCGAACUUUAGGCAGAGGCCGUCACUCAGACCCACCGCUACACGCAAACCCUCAC